GUAUAUAUAAGUCGGGAGAACCAGUUAACUUUUGAACAGUCUACAGAUACACCUCCUAGAAGCAUGUUGCGUCUCGGAAUAAUAUUUUGCCUGUUGGCUUUAGGUUCUGCUAGUACUCAGGAUCAAAAGGAUGUUUGCAAUCUAAUCUACAUUUGUGACAAUGUUUCGGAAUUGAAAUCGGAGAUGGCUUUACUACGUGAGGAGCAACAACAUCAGACUCAGAUUUUGGAGGAAUUGAGACCAUAUCCUGCCAACUGUGCUGUUGUGUCAAAGGAUACGAAACUCCAGAUCCGAGUGCCUGAGUACAGUGAGGAUCCCUUUGAGGUGGCCUGUGAUCAGCGGAGUCACGGUGGUGGCUGGACAAUCGUCCUGCGACGAAACGAUGGAAGCGAGGACUUUUACCGAGGAUGGGAGGACUACAAGCAAGGAUUUGGGAAGCUGGGAAAUGAGUUUUUCCUGGGACUGGACAAACUCCAUGCGAUGACUGCUUCAGAGCCGCAGGAGUUGCUGGUCCUUCUGGAGGAUCAUGAGGGAGUACAUAAAUAUGAAAUGUACGAUGACUUUAAGGUAGGCUCCGAGGAUACAAAUUAUAUCCUGGAAUCGGUUGGAUCUGCCUCUGGAGACGCAGGUGAUUCGCUGACAGAUCAUCGUGGUAUGAUGUUUAGUACUAAGGAUCGGAAAAACGACCUGAGAACUGAUGGUGACGAGUGCGCCAAAAUGUAUACAGGUGCAUGGUGGUAUUUCUCGUGUCAUAGAAGCAACUUGUGUGGAAAAUAUGGCGACAAUACCUUUGGAAAGGGAAUAAAUUGGUAUGCAUUCAGGGCCACCAUCAAUCACUCAAGCGAGCCACAACAAACACAGAUCUUGCAGCUCCAGACCCAGAUCCUGGAGGGAUUAUCACAGUCUGGAAACCUAUCGUAUCCCUCAAGUUGUGCCGUUGUUUCCAGGGACACCAAGCUCCUGAUCCGCGUGCCUGAGUACAGUGAGGACCCCUUUGAGGUGGCCUGUGAUCAGCGGAAUCAUGGUGGUGGCUGGACGAUCGUCCUGCGAAGGAACGAUGGAAGCGAGGACUUCUACCGAGGAUGGGAGGACUAUAAGCAAGGAUUUGGGAAACUGGGCAAUGAGUUCUUCCUGGGACUGGACAGAAUCCAUGCAAUGACUGCUGCAGAGCCACAGGAGUUACUUGUCCUUCUGGAGGAUCAUCAGAGAGUACAAAAUAUGAAAUGUACGAUGACUUUAGAGUCGGAUCGGAGGGUAGCAAUUACACCCUGGAUUCGUUGGGUUUUGCCACUGGGAAUGCUGGUGAUUCACUCAGAUAUCAACUUGGAAUGA